AUGGAGUUCUUCCCCGACGGUAACCACGUGUGGCUGCAGAACUGCGUGCGCGGCACGUACCUCCACGCCGACGAGGACGGGGUGGGCGUCUCCCUGCGCCGGCGCCGCGCGACGCUGAACGCGGCGUGGCGGGUGCACCUGAUCGUGCGCAACGGCACCACCUACGUCCUGCUCCAUAGCGCCGCCUACGGCCGGUACCUCGCCCUCUCGCCCGGGCAGGCGCCGCGCGGCCACCGUGGGCGCCGUGCCAUCCAGCGCGACUACGACGCGCCGGACCUGGACGCCGUCAUGUGGGAGGCUUUCAGGGUGGCGGACGGAGACGACGACGUCCUCGUGCGCCACGUCUCCAACAGCUUCCUCCGUGGCAAUGGUAGGUACCGUAUAUGGCACAUCGGCGUCACCGUCGACAGCGGCCACAGGAGCACGAUGAUGCAUUGGAUGGUCGAGGCCAUCCCCCCGAGACCGGCGCCGCCAUUGCUUCCAGAUCCGCCUCUGAUUCCCGAGGUGGACUGUCGGCGGACAAUCCGGUUCAGGCGGGUGAACAAUCUCGGGAACUUAGGACGAUCUCAGGAAGUCCAGUUCUAUGGCCGGUCCGUGUCCAACCUGAGGUCACAGCUGGCGACCCUUAUGAGCGAAGAAUCCCUCUUCAGCAUCUUGAUGUGUGUGCGGCCCGGCUUCUAUGGUCGGCUGACCCCUCUGGUCAUCGACCUGCCUCACAGCGGGGAGCUCAUGGACAUCGUUGUCCUCUCCACCGUAUCACAAGGUGAGAACUUUGCAGUUUUCUCGGUGUCUCUGCAGAACAAAGAACGACCAAACUCGGCAACAGGCAAGGGCCAUAGUCCUCCUGAAACUGUGAUAGGAUCACUCAUCACGCGUCAUGACAUCAUCGUUGUAGUCCCGGCGGACGACCACGCCAUCAUUGGCACGCUCGCACUUGUCGAUCCACUCGUAGUAUACGUCGACGGGCUCUCGUCGCAGGCCCAGCACGAGGCCUCGGCGACCUUGCCCUCGAUGCGGCACUCGACGCUGCCAGUGUGGUUGCAGGAUGAGAAGCGAAAGAUUGUCUCCAGAUUUUGCCGCACCUUCUUCAUGGGCGCCGCCGUCACCCGGAUGUUGAUGCACCGCAGAGGAAUACGACAGCAGGACUUGUUGUUACAACAACAUCACAGUUCAUCUCCUCAGAAAUCAAAAGCAUCACUUCUUCGGACACAAUGA